AUGCCCCCAAGACGUAGACGUGGUCCGCAUGUGGAGAACAACGUGGGGGAACAGACAGAGGGAGGUGUCGGGAAUCCGCCUCCACCACCACAUCUACCCCAACCAAACGAAAGGGAGUACAUCAAAGCCUUCCGGAAAGAGAACCCACCCAAAUUUGAUGGAUUGGGAGAACCCCCAAAGGCGGAGGCAUGUGUACGCGACCUUGAGCGUAUCUUUGACUUUAUGGGAUGCACGGAUAGGGAACGCCUGGCCUGCGUGACUUAUCAACUGACAGGACCCGCUGAUUUUUUGUGGGAAACCAAGAAAAGAACCAUGGACCCCGCUCGCCGUGAGGCGCUUACUUGGGAAGAGUUUAAGGAAGAAGUUUACAACAAGUAUGUUCCCAUGAGUUAUCGGCGGGCGAAGGUAGUGGAGUUUCACACCCUAAAACAAGGAAACAUGACGGUCACGGAGUACGACCGCGCCCUAUGUGAGAUAACCCGUUAUGCGCCAGAAUUGGUAGAAACAGACGAGAAGAUGGUUGCGAAGUUUUGUUCCGGCCUUAGACCCGAGAUAAGGGUAGCUGUGGCCAGUCGAAGGGGAAUUCCUUAUUCUGAGGUGUUGGGUUGCGCUCUAGACGUGGAAGAAGCGCUGCCCAAGAAUGAGAGGACAACAAAUCCUACACCGUCCGCACCACCAUCGAAUUUUAGAGACAAGAGGAAGUGGGAUGAAAACCGAGCUCCUUUUGACAACAAGGGGCGUUUUUCCACUUUUCGGCAACCGCAGAAUCAUGGGCGCCAAAUUGUGCCACAACAGAGGGGAAACCCGCAGAGAGCACCCUACUGUAGUCGGUGCUCCAAGCAUCAUAUUGGGUAG